GCCUGAAUGCAUAAAACAUGAACGGGCCAAAACGGACAUGGCAGCAGGUCAAAAUCAAAUACAAGAACAUUCUGCAGAAUGCAGUGAAAAAGAAUACCCACAGACAAGGCACGGGUGGUGGGUCACCAAAGGCUGACCUUACCCCAGCAGGGGACAUGGCCUUGGAGCUAAAUAAAGGCAGGCCCGUCUUAGAGGGGAUCCCUGGGGGGAAAGAGACGAGCAUAGGUUCCUCCCAAGAUGCCACCCGCUUCAUUCAAGUGUCUGGCAGCACUGUGUUCCUGUUGGAGCCACCAGCACAAGCACCAGACGAUGCUGAUCCAGGUGAAAGUCCCAGUGCAGCAGCAACAGCACAUGAUGGAGACGAUGAUGAGGAGGAGACCAUCUCUCUGGAUUCCAGAAGGCAUGAGGACCCAGAUGCUAUACAGUGGGAAAACCAGCCUGGCAACAUAAGCUCACAAGCUAUCAGAAAGUUGUAUGGCAACCACCUCCGGCGCCAAAUAGAACUGGCAGACAUAGACAUUCAGUACAAGAAGAAAAAGCUAGAAAAUCUUGCACUGGAGUCCGAAAUAAAACCGAGGACAAUUAGGAAACUGGACCUUGAAAUAAAAAAACUUGAGAGGGAGCUCCAAGAAGAUGACACAGCUCAAAAUAAAAAUUAGCAAUCAGUACAACCAAGUCAUCGUUAUAAGGCACCAGCCUCUUUUGCCCACCCCCC